CUGACUCCGUAAUUACCUCUCUUCCACUCUCAUUGACACAUCAACCCCUUUUUUUCAUCUGAAAAUCUAUCUUCUUCUCCGAUCAUGAUCGCCCUAGAACUCUGGGAGCUAUUGAAGGCGGCAAUCACAACAUACACGGGUCUGUCUCCGGCAACUUUCUUCACAGUUACUGCCCUGGGUCUGGCAAUCUACUACUUGGCUUCCGGGCUGUUUGGAUCAUCCUCGGACCGCGCCGGCGGCUACCGGAGGCCCGGUGAGUUGGAGAAGGAGGAGAUCGAGCCUCUUCCGCCUCCGAUUCAGGUCGGCGAGAUCACGGAGGAGGAGCUGAAGCUGUACGAUGGGUCUGACCCGAAGAAGCCUUUGCUCAUGGCUAUCAAGAGCCAGAUCUAUGAUGUUUCACAAAGCAGAAUGUUUUAUGGACCAGGGGGGCCAUACGCGUUGUUUGCUGGAAGGGACGCAAGCAGAGCGCUAGCUAAAAUGUCAUUCGAGGAAAAGGACCUAACCGGCGACAUUUCCGGGCUAGGCGCCUUUGAGCUCGAUGCCUUGCGCGACUGGGAAUACAAAUUCAUGAGCAAAUAUGUCAAGGUUGGGACUGUCAAGAGUGGAGGAGCAUCGCCACCGGAAGGCGGGGAUGACGUGACUCGUGGCGGCGGUGGACCCUCAGAGACAACCAAUGGCGUUGACCAUGCGGCGGAAGAAAGUCAACCGGAGAGUUCUAUAGAUCAUGAGACAUCAUCAGGUGGUGAGAAAAAAGAUUGAUGCUGGGCAUUAGUUUAUGAAGCAUGCACAAGUUAUAUCAAGCCCUUCAAAACCCAGAAAAUUGAUCUCAUGGAUGACGUUUAGAAACUAUUGGUCAGUUUAGCGUUAAGAUGAUGAUUUUGGAUGUGUGAUUUGUAUUUAGCCAUUUAUUUAGAAAUCAAGUUAUAUUAUAAUCAAGUUCAUCUGAUCGACGCAUUGCCUUCGUCACCAUUCGUCUUCCAGU